CGCGGUUCGGCGGGCCAGCUUGCUAUCGCAGGAAACAGUGACGCCAGCUCGGUCAUGUCGUCAGAAUCCCAAAUCCAAAGACCGGAAGACGAAGAGGAAAGGAGCAGCGGCAGGCGAAGGAGAAGAGGUCAAAUCGAACGAUCUCUUACAUUUGGAGCGUAGGAGAUCUCCUCCCGCAGAUCGAGAUGCUACCGGACACUGAGGACGAAGAGAAAUGGCUGGCCGAGGGCAUCGCCGGCAUCCAGCACAACGCCUUCUACAUGCAUCGCGCCCUGGAUUCCAAUGAUUUGAAGGACGCACUCAAGCAUUCGGUUCAGAUGCUCUCGGAGCUCCGGACCUCUCUUCUCUCCCCGCACAAAUACUAUGAACUCUAUAUGAGGGCGUUUGAUGAAUUGAGGAAGGUGGAGAUGUUCUUCAGAGAGGAAACCGCUCGAGGCACUAUCUCGGUUAUCGAGCUUUAUGAGCUCGUUCAGCAUGCGGGCAACAUCUUACCCAGGCUGUAUCUCCUAUGCACAGUGGGAUCUGUCUAUAUCAAAUCAAAAGAGGCUCCUGCCAAAGAUGUCCUCAAGGAUCUGGUAGAAAUGUGCCGUGGUAUCCAGAAUCCAGUUCGUGGACUUUUCUUGAGAAGUUAUCUUUGUCAAAUUAGCAGGGAUAAGUUGCCUGAUAUUGGAUCGGAGUAUGAAGGGGAUGCUGAGACAGUUAAUGAUGCUAUUGAAUUUGUGCUUCAGAACUUCACCGAAAUGAACAAACUCUGGGUUCGAAUGCAACACCAGGGGCCGACCAGGGAAAAGGAUAAACGAGAAAAGGAAAGGAGUCAACUCCGUGAUCUUGUCGGCAAAAAUCUUCAUGUUCUCAGCCAGAUUGAGGGUGUUGAUCUUGAUGUGUAUAAAGAAACUGUUCUUCCUAGAAUACUGGAGCAAGUUGUCAAUUGUAAGGAUGAUCUAGCUCAACAUUAUCUGAUGGAUUGUGUAAUUCAAGUCUUUCCAGAUGAAUAUCACUUGCAGACACUUGAAACAUUGUUGAGUGCAUUUCCCCAGCUUCAGCCAUCAGUUGACAUCAAAACUGUUCUAUCUCAACUUAUGGAUAGGCUAUCAAAUUAUGCUACGUCCAGCACAGAAGUAUUACCAGAAUUCUUGCAAGUAGAAGCUUUUGGCAAACUGAGUAAUGCAAUUGGAAAGGUAAUAGAAGCACAGGUUGACAUGCCUAUUGUUGGAGUAAUUACUCUCUAUGUAUCCCUUCUCACAUUUACUCUCCGUGUGCAUCCUGAUCGGCUUGACUAUGUGGAUCAAGUAUUGGGGGCUUGUGUCAAGAAACUUCCAGUAAAAGCUAAGCUUGAGGAUAGCAAAGCAACUAAACAAAUUGUUGCACUUUUGAGUGCUCCACUGGAAAAGUACAAUGACAUUGUUACAGCAUUGAAGCUUCCUAACUAUCCCCGAGUCAUGGAUCACUUAGACAAUGGGACCAAAAAAGUCAUGGCUGUUGUUAUCAUACAAAGCAUCAUGAAGAACACCACCUGCAUAUCAACUGCAGAUAAAGUUGAGGCUUUAUUUGAAUUGAUAAAAGGGCUUAUGAAAGAUGUUGAGGGAACUGAAGAUGAUGAGAUUGACGAAGAGGAUUUCAAGGAGGAGCAAAAUUCUGUUGCACGUCUUAUUCACAUGUUGCAUAAUGAUGACCCGGAGGAGAUGUUGAAGAUCAUAUAUACUGUAAGGAAGUACAUUAUUCUCGGUGGUCCCAGACGCCUACCUUUUACUGUACCUUCCCUGAUUUUCUCUGCCCUUAAGUUGGUUAGACAGUUACAAGGUCAAGAUGGAGAGGCUGUUGGAGAAGAAGUCUCUGCAACACCAAAGAAAAUUUUUCAAAUUCUACAUCAGACUAUUGAGGAUUUGUUAUCUGUUCCUUCACCAGAGCUUGCUCUAAGGCUAUACCUACAAUGUGCAGAGGCUGCCAAUGAUUGUGAUCUGGAACCCAUUGCUUAUGAAUUCUUCACUCAAGCAUUUGUUUUGUAUGAAGAAGAGGUUGCAGACUCAAAAGCCCAAGUCACUGCAAUUCACUUAAUUAUUGGAACUCUUCAGCGGAUGAAUGUAUUUGGAGUAGAGAACCGAGAUACUCUUACACACAAGGCCACAGGGUAUUCAGCAAAACUUUUGAAGAAGCCUGAUCAAUGCAGAGCAGUUUAUGCAUGUUCUCAUUUAUUCUGGGUCGACGAUCAGGAUGGAAUUAAAGAUGGAGAAAGGGUUCUCCUUUGCUUAAAGCGAGCCUUGAGAAUCGCAAAUGCCGCCCAACAAAUGGCAAAUGUGUCAAGGGGUAGCGGUGGUCCAGUGGUAUUGUUCAUCGAAAUAUUAAACAAGUACCUUUACUUCUUUGAGAAAGGAAAUCCUCAAAUUACAAGUUCUAUACUUCAGGGUCUGAUCGAACUCAUCAAGACCGAGAUGCAAAGCGAUACUUUCGCAUCGGAUCCCUCAGCCGAUUCAUUCUUCGCUAGCACACUGCGUUACGUUGAGUUCCAGAAGCAGAAAGGUGGCGUCAUAGGUGAAAAGUAUGAACCCAUCAAAAUUUGACUGAAGCAAUAUUCUCAUUGUGUCGAGCCAAGCCAAUGGUUCGAUCAUGCUCCCAAAUUUCAUUUUUACUGUGAAGGUGGUAAAUCUACAUUGUACAUCAGCAAUAGGUAGUAAGGUUUUAGCUUUCCUGUUUACCUUUUAUUUUAUUUUUCAACAGAUUGCUUGUUCAUGUGCCAUCAUAGGAACCUAACAGGUCUUCCAUUUCCAAGUUUUGAACAGAAAUGUUGUUUGUUAAUUAUCAUCAUUUGUGAAGUUAAUAAUGAUUAUGUUCUGGA